CCCUGUUCUGCUAAAAAGCAAUGUUAGAAGUUAGAAUGCUCUUAAAAUUACACUACCAUAAUUUAAAGCUUUUGAAGUUUGGCACCUUAUUAAUCUCAACAUAUAAAAUAGUCGGCUUUUAUUAUACAGCCACACAUUCUUUCAGCAGUUGGGCCAAGCCUAAGUCGCCUGGUAAAUUAUGUUUAGAACAUUCUUUAGGAGGCAAGAGAAAAUAGACCUUAACCCUUAUUGCAGGAACCCAACUAGCAGUGGUUUUCCCUCGAAUGAUUCCUGCAGCUCAAGAGCCAGGCCAACUCUAACUUCACUCCCAGGGCAGGAAUCAACUAGAAAGGGCAGAAAGAGAACUUGUAGGACAAAAAGGGAAGAAAGGAAUGCAUUCCAAGCUUGCAUUCCCUUGGUUCUCUCGGACUAUAUAAACACUCGAGUUCCCUUGAUGGGUCUAUCCUAAAAAUCUCUCUGUCCUCUUGCUUGCACCAAUAAUGGGCCUUCCCUUCAGUGCGUUAAACAAGUUAGGAGUGCCAGGAUUGGGCGCGGUAACUACCGGACAAGUCUAUGAUCGACAUUUUAAGAACAAGGAUACCCGCACCUUUGAAGAAUUUCAUCUUGCAUAUGUCGACUUCUGCAAGUAUUUCAACACUGUGUUGCCUGGCCAAGAUUUUGAUACUCCAGAUCUUGAAGAUAUAAGGAGAUUCCAUAAAAAAUGGGCAGCGGCGGACGAGCCCGGAAGGAAGAAGAUGUUCACCGAGUAUAUGCAGGAAAAUGUCCACGAGGCCAAAGUUGACGACAGCCUCUUCAUCAUGGCCGGCCUGGCUGCGCCAGCAGCGGCCAUCAUCGCCAAGAAGAGCGGCGAGAGCAUCCCGCAGGUCAAGAAGUUCAAGGUGCAUUUAAUCCCCAACGUCGUCUUCGUGCCGCUGUGCACCCUGGUUGCCAUCAUGGGUGCCACUGCAGUUCAGAUGAGCAAGAAGAGCAAAGACAACAACAAGCCUACGAGCUGAUCCCGUCUUGUUCCUGUCUGCGGUUUAAAUAAGAUGACGUAAUAAACAAGAAACCUGGAACGCAUAUUAUCAUCCAAAUGAUUGUAUAAAAUUAAACCAAGAUGCAAGUCAUGGGUUAAAUAUAUAUGUUCCUUUUGUUGUUCAAAUGGCCGAUGGAAAGAAAGCAAAGUUUGAAAAAAUAUCAAGUUUGUCACAGUUUGCUAUUUUGUUUUCUUCCAUAUGUGAUAUGCCCAUUUUCUCGCACUUUCUUUGGUGUUCUUUGAACAUCAACAGAAAUGUGAUAAUGUUCGGUACCUGUUGUAAAUUUGGUCAGAGUGCACAAAUUUUUUGUUCAAUCAAAACUCUGUAUUAUC